AUGUCGGACCGGAACAGCUCUCCGUUUGCGGACGCCAUACGCCGCUCCAAAUCCUUCCUCACAAAGAUCGCGCCGAAUAAGUCCAAAUCUAGGAUUGAAGACAAGUCUAUAACACCCGCGAGCGCCCACACUGUCGCCGUCACCGACACAGCCGGCAACAACCCCAACUACAAGCGCCGCAUGCGCGUCGUCACCGACACCGAGCGCCGCGACAACCCGCUCAACCUAGGCGAAGCCGGCUGGGGCGCGCAAUCCUGGAAUGCCGCGAAGCAAGAGCAGAAGCAGGUGAAAGAGCUCGAGGAACUGUGGAGCGAGAUGGGCAGCGUGGGUCGGAAUUCCAGUGUGGAGAGUGUGCGCGAGAGAGUGACGGAUCCGCGCGUGUUCCUCGGGCAGGCGCGGUUGUCGCAGACCAGCGUGGAGAGCAGGCACUCGAGGGCAUCAGGAUUGGGAAUUCAGAGGCAGGGGCACAGCAGAGGAGAGAGCAGCGGGAGCCCGACACAGUAUCAUCGCCCGCUGCCGUUCAGGGUGUCUAGGCCGAGGGAUCCGCCAUCGCCUACGCCUUCACAAUCUACACGGACUGCGGAGGCAGGAGCAUUGCCGCCUGUGGGUGCCAGAGUCAGCGGAUCGUAUCUCUCGGCAGAAUCCGCGGCGCAAGUGGAAGCAAGGCUGGCUGCUCGGGCGGCGUCGAAUAACCUCCCGCGCACGCGGGUCGCGGGCCCGAGGCCGAACAACAUGGUCAGGAGGAGUGGGAGUUACGCGUCACAGGGCGUAAGAGUGACACCGGGCAGCUUUGGGGAUAAUGAGAGGGAGGAGUAUCUCGCUAAGUUGAGGGCAAGGGGAGGUGAUGGAUCCGACGGUUCGAGGGCGGGGCAUGGGACGAGGAAGGGGGUGGGAGACUCGGUGUUUUAG